GUCACAGCACAUCAUGGACACGGGCAGCCGCCUCCCAGACGAGCAUGUCCUGAUAGCGGAGUAUGUGUCCCGGCUCCGCGAUGGCACACGUGUGUUGGACAGUCCCAGCCGGUUAGAUGAGGAGCACCGUCUCAUCGCUCGGUACGCCGCCAGACUUGCUGCCGAAGCCGGGAACUCUCCUCGACCGCCCACUGAGCUCAGCUUUAACUUUGAUGCCAACAAGCAGCAGCGCCAGCUGAUCGCCGAGCUGGAGAACAAGAACCGAGAAAUCCUGCAGGAGAUUCAGCGGCUGCGCCUGGAGCAUGAGCAAGCGUCCCAGCCCACCCCCGAGAAAGCGCAGCAAAACCCCACCCUGCUGGCCGAGCUCCGCCUGCUGCGGCAAAGGAAGGAUGAGCUGGAGCAGAGAAUGUCAGCUCUUCAGGAGAGUCGCCGGGAGCUGAUGGUCCAGCUGGAGGGACUGAUGAAGCUGCUAAAGGCGCAGGCGGCCGGCUCUCCUCAUUCCUCGCCCAACCAUGGUGCCAAUCGCUCCAUGCCUAUGCCAGUGCGCUCCACGUCCGCCGGCUCCACGCCUACUCAUGUAUCUCAGGACUCCAUAGCCGGCCUAGGAGAUGUACAAGAAGCCUUCGCACUCGGUACCAGAAGAAAUCUACGGAGCGAUCUGCUGGUGGCUGCAGACUCCAUCACUAACACCAUGUCUUCCCUGGUGAAGGAGCUGCACUCAGCUGAAGAUGGAGCCGAUGAUGACGAGAUAGAGAAGGACAGAGGCUAAGUGACCACAUCUGCAGAGCGAGGAGAUCCAAGUAAGUGUCUGCUCCGCACCCCUCAGGCCGAGGCUCCCACCAUGGAUGACGCAGUAACUGCAGCUCUUUCCCUGUUCCAGGCACAGAGCGCCCCCUAUAUCCAUGUACUUUAUGAUAAACACACAAGCCGCAUUUCCACAGCCAGCAGAGGGGUGGCCGGGGGAGCCCUGUUACUGCAUGCUCAGUCCUGUAACAUACAACAUGCGUGUACUGGGCGGACGCAGCGCGUGUACUGGGUGAAGAGGCUGAGACACUGUGACUGCACAUGGCUGCAGCUCCCUGUAGCACUGGACACCAGACUGACCCCCCCCCCCCCCCCCCAAUAUUCCGUGUUCUUCAUAUGGACUGAGCACACGCGGGAGGAUCCGUGUUCUGUGGUGUCAUGUGGUGCGCACGCUGCACACGGAGACGGUACAUUUCAUGUUCCAAUGUUUACAAUAAUAAAUGUGUCUGUCUGUCA